AUGGCCAGCAACUACACACCGCCACGUCAAGCGAUUCCGCCGACCAUGCCGUACAACGAUGGCCUUAUUCCAAACGACAACCCACAUACACUGUUCCCCGAGGUCCUCGCGAAACAUGAGCCGGUCUAUCACCGGCCGUCUAUAGUACCGAGUCAGAUGCCACCGGCAUAUCCACACGAGCUGGCAGGAUAUGAAUCGGGAAUGCCUGAAAAGCCUGGUCGGCCUUUUUGGAAAAAGCCGGUUACAUGGGUGGCUCUCGUAGCCCUCGUGAUAAUCGCCAUUCUUGCUGGUCUUCUAGGAGCCAUGGCAAUCGGAGCCAUCAAAACGGCGGGCAACACCAGCGUAUCGCAUGAAGACGCAGUGAGUACCAAUGCGGCGGUCACAGGCAGUUCCAACACGGCACUAUCAUCGCCGACGUCACCAGCUAUUGCUCCAGAGACUACAACUGGGCCGGACUUGACACCAACACCAACACCGACAUUAGCAACAACCACGACCACGCCUACCCUUUCAGUACCGGCUAGAACAGUGGACUCCCCGAGCGGUCCUGUCACGAUGGAGUGCCCUGGUGUGGACCGGCUUAACCUUGAUGUCUCUUCGCCCUCGCGUGGCGAGCUCAGGUUCCAACGACUUUGCGACGUCAAUUAUGCUUUCGGGGACACCAAUCCCGGGUUUGGAUUGGUAAAAGACAAGAUAGUAGCGAGCUUGACAGACUGCAUCAAGGUUUGCGCCGACAAAACAGGCUGUGUGGGUGUUGUCUUCAACGAUGGUCCCCAGUGCUGGCUCAAACACACACUGGAAGCAAAGAAGCCGGACGAUGGAACUGAAGCGGCCAUUCUUAUUCAGCGAUGA